AGGAGGAGGAGGAUGUGGCGCGCGGACGGGAAAUGGCUGCCGAAAACAAGCCGGAAGAUGAACAUGGACAUUUGAAAAUCUACCUGCCCAAGAAGCUGCUGGAAUGUCUGCCCAAAUGCUCCUCCCUGCCCAAGGAAAGACACAGAUGGAACACCAAUGAGGAAAUUGCUGCCUACCUGAUAUCAUUCGAAAAGCAUGAAGAAUGGCUAACGACAUCCCCUAAAACAAGGCCGCAGAAUGGCUCUAUGAUACUGUACAACAGGAAGAAGGUAAAGUACAGGAAAGAUGGCUACUGCUGGAAGAAGAGGAAAGAUGGCAAGACCACACGGGAGGAUCACAUGAAGCUGAAAGUGCAGGGAGUGGAGUGUCUCUAUGGGUGCUACGUCCACUCCUCCAUCAUCCCCACCUUUCACCGCAGAUGUUACUGGCUGCUCCAGAACCCAGACAUCGUUCUGGUACACUACCUUAACGUGCCAGCUAUAGAAGAUUGUGGGAAGCCAUGUGGGCCAAUCCUUUGUUCAAUCAACACAGAUAAGAAGGAAUGGGCUAAAUGGACUAAAGAGGAGCUUAUCAGCCAGCUCAAACCCAUGUUUCAUGGCAUCAAGUGGACAUGCAGCAAUGGGAAUAGCAGCACCGGCUUCUCGGCUGAGCAGCUGGUGCAGCAGAUCCUGGACAGCCACCAGACCAAGCCACCUCCCCGGACUCACAACUGCCUCUGCACAGGGACGCUGGGUGCUGGAAGCAGUCUGAAUCACAAGUGUAACAGUGCCAAACACCGCAUCAUUUCCCCAAAGGUAGACCCACGCUCCGGCAGUGCCUACAGCAGUACCCACUCUGAAGUUCAGAACAGCGAUGUGUCUGAGGGAAAGACAGAGCAUGCCCAUGGAGCAGGUAAAAAUGGCAGGGUGGCAAGUGAUGGACCAGGUGGAUCAGCCGGACGCGAGAAGAGGAACGGGAAGGGGCCCAAACCAGCUUUGCUUCAUCAGAAUAGCAUGGAGGUGUCCUCUACCAACCAGAUCGAAGUGCCAGAUACCACACAGAGCUCUCCUGUGUCCAUCAGCAGUGGGCUGAACUCAGAUCCGGACAUGGCCGACAGCCCAGUGGUGACAGGCAUCAGUCACGUGGCUUCCGUCAUGAGCAGCCUCUCCCAGUCCGCCACCGUCUUCAUGUCAGAGGUCACUGGAGAUCCUGUAUACAGCAUGUCUCCAACCGGAGACCCGAAUGCUCAUCUCCUAGGCCCUGACACAGCCUCAGGUAGUCUGGUGCUUGCAGUCGCUGCUGACAAGUUUGCCUUUCCUGGGACAGUGGGUGUGGGAUUGGGAGAUGUAGGGUCUUCUGAGAGAUUGGCUAUGCUUUCGGCAGCUGGCAUGUCAGAGGAGCUUGUCCUUUCCAGCACCCUGGAAUCUGGUAGCAUAAAGCUGCCUGAGGCCAAUGUCAACUUUGACCCAGACUGCUUCCUCAAUAACCCCAAGCAGGGCCAGACCUACGGUGGAAACGGUUUAAAGACGGAAGUCAGCAACGGAAGCAGCUGCAGCAACGGUAGUGUCCGCUGUUCUCCUCCUCUCGCUGACAAUGGUUAUGGCUUCAACCCCUUGCUGAUUAAGAAUAUUAAGACAGAAGACACAUCAUUUGAGGAACAGCUGGCUAAAGAAGGGGGUUACCAUGUUGGAGAGGUGGGGAGUGGUACAGGUGGUCUCUCCAGUUCCUCAGGCAGUGGCUCUACCCAAAGUUCUCUAGCUCUGACUCCAACAAACUCACUGCUCCCGUCUGGGGGUGGCUUGAGCCCUAGCACCACGCUGGAGCAGAUGGAUUUUAGUGCCAUUGAUGCCAAGCAGGACUACACCUCUACCAUCAUGUCUGCCACCAGCUAUGGUCAGGCAAUACCCAGCCCUCAGUUGGGCCAUCAGAGCCACUCCCCUAGCUUCUUCCUGCAAAGUUCACCCCAGUCCACCCAGACCACGACCCACCAGAACACUAAUACUCCUGCGCAGAACUCACAUGACUCUGCCUACAUGGGUUUGUCUGUAAUCAAGACUGACUCAACAGGCACCAAUGGGCAUCACCACCACCACCACCAUGCCCAGCACGCUGUGUCCAGCUGCAAUGGUAGCUCCUCAACUGACAGGAAUGGGCAAGGUAGCACUCUGCAACUCCUGCAGUACCAAAAUCACUUUCAAGGUGCAGGUAAAGAGCAUGAAGAGGUUGGCGGUCUGGAACAACAAGCCAGCGCAGAAGCACGGGAUGGAGGUGGACAAGAAAAAAAACCAGAUGGUCUGCUGAACCCAGGUGAUCACUUGCAACACUGUGUGGGCAACGGAACAGAUGCUAACGGAGCUACAGAGCACUACCUUCAACAACCAGAGAGCGGCAGUAUGGCAGCAGGUACUGGAGCAAAUGGAACCGGGACUAACAACGGAUCCUUAUGUAACGGCACAGAGGGCAGUAGGGCAACUGGCAGCCCCCAUCAGCAGCUUCAACCUCUUCUUCAAGGAGCAGGUCUUGUUCAGGGGCUCUUCAAUAACAUAGCAGCCCACCAGGGUCUGGCCACCAGUGGAGCAAAUGGAGGUGGAUCUAUGGAGAUCAGCCUAGAUCAUUUUGACGUCUCCUUUGGGAAUCAGUUUUCAGACCUCAUCAACGACUUCAUUUCAGUGGAAGCAGGAAAUGGAGCAGCAGUUGGGGCACAAGGGGGCAACCCGCUGUACAGCCAUCAGCUAAUGGCUCACUCAGGUACAGAGGGGCAAGUCACCUCUGGAGCAGCCCCGCAACAGGUUGCUGAAGAAGGGGCAGCCCAUGGAGGAGCGGGAUACAACUCUGCAGACCUCUGUCUCCAGCCAUGCUGCAGCCCCCAGUCAGCCCAGCCCGGGGCACUAGGAACAGACGCAGGGCAGUUGGCAUACAUGCAAGUGGAUGAGGUGGUGUCUGCAGCUGUGGCACAAGGGACUAUGGGAAUGCUCCAGACUACUGGGAGACUGUUUGUGGUGACAGACUAUUCGCCUGAGUGGUCCUACCCUGAGGGUGGAGUGAAGGUUCUGAUCACAGGACCGUGGCAGGAGGCCAGCAGUGACUACACUUGCUUAUUUGAUCAGAUCACAGUACCUGCCUCGCUCAUCCAGCCUGGAGUGCUGCGAUGCUACUGCCCAGCUCAUGACACAGGCCUGGUGACCCUGCAGGUGGCAGCCAGCAGCCAGAUCAUCUCCAACUCUGUGGUGUUUGAAUAUAAAGCCCGUGCUCUGCCUGCACUGCCCACCUCCCAGCACGACUGGCUCUCCCUGGACGAUAACCAGUUCAGAAUGUCUAUCCUGGAACGUCUGGAGCAGAUGGAGCGCCGAAUGUCUGAGAUGUCCGGCCAACAGCAGCAGCAAAGCAAUGGAGGAAGCUCUGAAAGUGGAGUAACAGGUGGAAGUGGAGUAGAAGGAAGAGGCAGUGCUGACCAGACACAGGUCUCCUCUGGUCAGGGCCAAGGACCGGCUGGAAGCUCCUUUGAGAGUCGGGUGGUGGUGGUGUGCGAGAAAAUGAUGAACCGAGCCUGCUGGGCAAAGUCCAAGCACUUAAUUCACUCUAAAACCUUCCGGGGUAUGACCCUGCUCCACCUGGCAGCUGCCCAGGGUUACGCCAACUUGAUCCAGACACUCAUCAAAUGGCGUACUAAGCAUGCAGACAGCAUUGACCUGGAGCUGGAGGUGGAUCCCUUGAAUGUUGAUCACUUCUCCUGCACACCGCUGAUGUGGGCUUGUGCUUUGGGGCACACUGAGGCGGCAGUGGUUUUGUAUAAGUGGGACCAGCGUGCCCUGGCUAUCCCUGAUUCUCUGGGUCGCUUACCGCUGGCGACAGCCCGAUCCCGUGGCCACACCAAGCUGGCGGAAUGUCUGGAAAAUCUUCAGAGGGAGGAGCAGCAGCAGCAGACUGCUACAUUAACUACAACUCACAACAUGCCUUUCUCACCAUCUGCUGAAGGCUCUGGCACAGAGGGAUGGAUGAAUGUUUGGGGAAGUGAGACUGCUGCAGGAGUAAGAGCGAGCAGUAUUAGCAGCUCUACCUCCAUGUCGAACACAGAUUUGAAGAGACCCAGAUCUGAAUCUUCCAGUUUCUACAACAGUGAAAGCCAGAAUGAAGCCCCGUUAACCAAGAAACACAAACCCAAUCUUGGGAUCCAUCAAGCGAGGUCAGGCAAGCCCAUCCCAGCUCCUCUGGGCCAAGCAGAGCAGGGCCAAAAAACAAAAAACAGCCCUCCUAAAGCAGCUCGGCCAGCUACCAUGGACAAAGAGGCAGCAAAGGGCGAGCAGGCUCACACAAAGCUAAGCCUAGCGUGUGGAGCCGGGCGGUGGAGUUCCAAACAGGCUGCAGGGCGCAGAGGGCCAGUUGGAGGUCUUGCUAAAGAAAGAUUGGCGAACAGGCUAAGGUUAAGAGAAGCAUCUGGUACAGGAACAGUCCCAAAACUGCUGGCAAGUCAAGAGGAUCUGGAGAACACAGGGGAGUUACAGGUGAAUAUGAUGACUUUGGCUGAGCACAUCAUUGAAGCAACACCUGAUCGCAUCAAGAGUGAAAACUUUGUUGCAACAGAGUCAGGACCACUGGACAAUGUUGAUGUGAACAGCUCUAUGAGCUGGCUGGCUACUUACCUUGGAGAUGCAGAAAGGUUCCUAUACAGCAAGCCCCCUGCUUUCUCCACCGAGCUGGCCGUCGAGCAUCCACGCAGCCACCAGGAGUCCGAUGGGCAUCUUGGAAAACUUGGACUUCCUUCUCCAGCAGACUGGAGCGCAUUUCUUAACGUCUCACACAGCAAGAAAGAGCGGGACAUGACACAGCUGGCCCUGUCUGAACACGAGCAGAGAGAACUGUACGAGGCAGCACGCCAGGUCCAGAGCACCUUCCGCAAGUAUAAGGGGCGUCCACUUCGAGAACAGCAGGAACUUGCAGCUGCUGUAAUUCAGCGCUGUUACAGAAAGUACAAGCAGCUGACAUGGAUAGCCCUGAAGUAUGCACUUUAUAAGAAGAUGACGCUGGCCGCCAUCCUUAUCCAGAGUAAAUUUCGCAGCUACUACGAGCAAAAGAAGUUCCAGCAGAGUCGUCGGGCAGCAAUGCUAAUCCAGCAAUACUAUCGCAGCUACAAGGAGUUGGGUCGGCCCACCUCCCACUCUCAUGCUGCUGCCGCUGCGGCUCUAGUGCAGCACAAACUCAGAAGUGGUCUACUAACCAAGAGGCAAGACCAGGCUGCCAGAAAAAUUAUGCGUUUCCUGCUCCGAUGCCGCCAUAGCCCCUUGAUGGACCAUAGACUGUUCAAACGGGGUGAGAGAGUUGAAAAAGGCCAAGGAACAUGAGAGCUCGCCAAAGAGCCCCGUCACAGUGUAACGCUCACCUCCAGACUGUUCCCUUCCCUCUUUCUGUUUUUACACGAGAUGAACAAUUUACCAAAAGACAAAAACUGAUCGACAAAAAAAUGGAAACGAGAAGAAUGAUGGUUACAUUACUGAUGUAAUAGUCCCAGCUGAUUCUCCUGAUUCUGGUACUGCCACUGCAUUGUGUAUUUUUUUCUCUCUGUUGGGGAAAGUAAGGAAUUAUGAUCAAAUGAACUAUAUCUGGGAAAUACGACGUUAUCUUCAUGCCAUUUUUGCACUCUUCAUAGAUUUUUUUUAAAUUGAGGAACGAUUGCCAUGGAGCUGAAGGCUUUUUCAGGACAGCGCUUGUAAGGAAGUAACUUGACAUUGCAUUAUCGUAAUCAUGCUGGAACCUGCUUAUGGUUGUUACAUUUUUAUAUUUUGAAAGAAAAAAACAACCGAUUUGAACAAAAAAAGAACAAAAAUGUUAAAAGCAAACUUAAAAAAGGCCUCAUCUCAGUGAUAAUAUGCAUGCAAAGUCUCAGUCAGCUCAGUGUAUCAAAAGCAGAAAUCUUAAGAACGUCCUUCCAUUCGUUGAAAAGGGAUUGGCUUCACAUGAAUGUAGAUGAGGUCUUGAUUAAAAAAAAAAAAAGAAAGAAAAAGAGUUUUAUGAGUUAUCAGUGUCUUAGAUUUUUAUGUUUUUUGGGAAAAUGAAACCUGUUAGGAUUUGGGACAGAGUGGAAUCUCUGUUUGUUUGUGUGCACUGUUUUUGACUUUGGAAACAAGUCUUUUUCUUAAUGUCACUUUUUGCUGGCCUGACUUUGUGAGUCCCGUGUUUGCUGAAUUUAAUCUGGAAAUAGUGCAUGUAUUUGAGCCGAGCGCUCCUGCAUGCUCCUGCAAAUGUUUUGUGUUUUUUUUAUUUAAUUAAGUCGACAUGUUUGUUGUCCUGUUCUAUAAAAUAUGAGAUAAUUAUUAUUUUUUUGC